UGUAAGGGAUUCUGAAGUUCAUCUAUAAAAUGUGUCUGCUGUGCUUGAUGUGUUGGGUCAGAUAAACGGGUAACAGUGUGACUUUUUUCUAAAGGUAAUUAUUUCAAUGGAUUUGAGAUGAAGCACAUUGCAUUCAACUAAAAAGAACAGACUCAUAAAGGACAUCAAAAAGUCGAAAGAUACAGUCAACACAACACCGCUGCAGAGAAGAUCUGUUGCGCACAAAAAUAUGUCCGCCCUUCUGUAUGAUUGAAUCCAUCUACGCAAUCGCAAGCUGUGUGUAUGGCAGCAGGCGCCAAGACUCCCGGGAGGAAGCGAUCAAUGAUGGACACCAUAAUGCAUCUCGCUGUAUUCCUUGUCACACUCAAGCCUUCUGCCUGUUUCGGGAGUUCUUCAGUUCACACGCACACAUAUGCACAGAUGUCAUCUGCAAACUCUCCUGACUGACAUCAUCUGAACUGGAGCGUGGAUAAAACAACAGUUGACUAUAGGAGAUGUUUGACCACAAUCUUUCUGUCAGAGAAUGACUGGUCUGUAAGGCUUAAGUAUAUACGCAUUGUGUCCAGUGCCCUUCAGGCCUCUUCAUCACAUUACACUGAGUUUUGGUAGACGCUACACUGCUCAAAUGGACCUCCAUCGGACUGCCUUUAAGAUAGAGAGCUCCUCCUACAUGCCCAAUCCUCUGACCUCCCCUGCCCUCAUGGUCCUGGCAUCAACAGCCGAGGCUGGACGAGAUGCCUCUGUACCCUGCCAGCCCCAUCGGCCGUUUGGAGUUCCAGUCACUUUGGAAAAGGACAUGCACCUCCCGUUCCCCAGCGGCUCAUACACCUUCGCCUCCAUGUACCACCGGCAAGGAGGCUUUCCCACUCGAGACUUUCCCACCCCUCUGCUUCACCUUCACCCACAGUUUGCCCCACCCAAUCUUGACUGCUCCCCACUGGGUAUGCUCAACCAUGGAGCGGUGGGGGCCUUCCGACCGUUCUCCUCCCCACCUGAGGAGCGUGAUGCAGGGGUAUACCAGUCUGCCUUCCUCCCUGCCAAGCGCUUGAAGGGCUGUAUGGAUCCAGAGGCAUCACCCCACCUCCGCUACACAGAUGUGGAGGGAAAAGAUUUUGACUUUUGUGCUCAUGUUCCCACUGGUUCUCCAAAUGCCCUGAAGGUAUCUGAGGAUGCUGGGAAGAAGCUCUUUGGCUUGUCUGUGCUGUUGGCAGACGGUUCGUCUGGCCCAGAGGAGCACAAAGAACCAAGUAAAGUGAAGGGCCUGUAUGACACUCAGACGCCCAUGUGUCCGAUCUGUCACGCUGUACUGCGGCCAGGAGAGCUGCAGGAACACAUGGAGCAGGAAAUGGAGCAUCUGAUGCAGCUGCACAAUAGUCAGGGUCCCGCGCAAAAGGAGUGUCUUGCUGCUGGGCCGCCCAAGUCUUUGUUUUCUAUGCACAUAAAGAGAGAGGGUUCCUCUUCUGCCUCCUCUCCACGUCCUGCUGAUGAGGCUGUGCACUCCGACAGGUACCAGACAUUUUUGCGAGUACGAGCAAACAGGCAAACAAGACUCAAUGUUAAGGAGCUCUGCUGGUGCAGGUGCUACGCCAAACAGAAAGUCAAAUCUGUUCAUGUUUGGACUGACUAUGGAUUCCCACAUGUGUCUUCUUGCCCACUGUCUGCACGCAUUGGGAAACUGAAAAGACGGAAAGCAGAGGAAGACCAGAGAGAUGGUGUUUGUGUUGUUGAAAAUGGCUCCAUGCUGUCUGCCGGGAGGGAGUUUGAAUGGGCCGAACAGAGAAGAAUACAGAUGGUUUCUGUUCUCAGAGGCUUCAGAGGUUUGGUGAGCAGCACAUUGAAAGAGCACCAGGACAGCGAUGUGGAUCUGGAUGUGGACGGUGAUGAUACUUUGGAGUAUGGAAAAGCCCAGUAUCCUUAUUUAUGCUCAAAUGAUCGCAGAUACACAGAGGCGGAUGUGAUUCCCUGUUCAGGAAAUGAACCCAGAGAUGCAGAGGAGAGACAUGCGUUAAGAGGAGCUGUUUUAAAUGGAGAGACAGCCAGCAGGUUAUCUCCAGAACAAACCAAGUCUGCAAACUCAGAAGAUCCAAGUACAAGUAAUGGAGACAGCAAUACAAGCACAACAUCUCCAAGAACCUGCAAGAACAGCGAGUUAGAAGUCUUAUCGGAUGACCCCUCCCUCAGUACGCUGGAGGCCCUGAAAACACGGAUCAGAGAUCUAGAGAAGCAGUUCACACGGGGGGACAGAUUCAAGUGUCUCAUCUGCAUGGACUCCUACACUGUACCUCUGACCUCCAUCCAGUGCUGGCAUGUCCACUGUGAGGAAUGCUGGCUUCGCACCCUGGGAGCAAAGAAACUUUGUCCACAGUGCAACACUAUCACCUCACCCGGGGACCUGAGACGAGUGUAUUUAUGAAGAGUUAUAGCUGUCCUGUCAUCUGCCUGUUUGCACUCUACUCAAACGGAUCACUUUUACCGAGAAGAACCUUUCUGGGCCCAUGCAAAUCUUAAGAGUAUGUCUUGCCCAAAAGAAUCAUUACAAACGUUGCUGUCGGAAUGCAGCCUGUGCUCAAUUCUCGAAGAAGUGUAAAUCUCUACAAAUAUUGUGCUGCAACAAUAUUGUAAGGACAGUAAAACUGAUCACAAAAAGUUGUUUUAUGUACAAAACCUUGUUUUAUAAAAUAUUGUUAAGUUAUUCUCAUAGAGCGAUCUGUCCUAUAGUUUUGUGAAUGUUUACACUGAAGAACUCUUUUCUAAUUUGGAUCUAGCAGUGUUGAUAUAUUCAAAAUGGUAAACCGUUAACAUUUGCAUCAUUCAUAAACUGUGUUUUGUGUAGAAUGUGCAAAGGAGCAAUGAAUCUUGUACAUUUAUUAUCCAUAGUUAUGUAACUGUAAUUUAAUAGUGAACGGGAUCAUUUAAAUAUGGUUUAAGAUAAAUUAUCAUUUUUGCUGAUACACGUGAUAUGGUAUAAUAGUUUAUUUCAUGCAUUUAAAAAAACAUUAUUGUGCAAAAUCUCAAAGACAAGACACUGAACAUGAUGCAAAAUUAUAAAGCCAUGGAUAAAUAAAAAUAAUUUUUACUACAAGGUUCGGCAACAGAUAUUCUGUGUUAAGUUAGUUCCCUGUAUAUUUUCAAAAUUCUUCAACUUUUAUCUAAGACGCUGUGUAGAUGUAAUUGUCUACAUUCUUGUAAUGAACUACUACACUGAUAUUUGUAUUGAUAUAUAUCGUACUGUAUGUACAGCAGAGUUGCAUCAAGGAGCUUCCCUGUGUUUAAUUGAUUCCUAAUGCAGUAUAUGGAUGUUGAGGUUGAUCUCUGCUUAUCCUUCACUCCUCCCAAAUGCAAAGCAGAAUAAAAGUCUCCUGACACGGAGUCACUAUAGGCUAUGACAUUAGGACUUAAGGAAUUCAGAACUAACAGAAAAAGAGUUUCCUUUGUGGUAUUUUAGCAAUAGUUUUGUUACUAGACUCUAGUCAAGAUACAACAGGUAACUGAAAGAUUGUAAAGCACUUUUUUGAUAGAACUGAAAUAGAAUGAAACGCAAAACCAGCUUUGUUUUACGAUUAUGUAUUUUGUACAGACUCAUCUGUUUUUCUUUGACA